AGAUUAAGAAAAACGAAUAAUUAAUAUAUCGGUCAAUUUUUUUUUACACAUUAUGUCAAGGUCGCGUAAGAAUAUGACGGCUUUCCGCUCCAAUAAACACGGCACAUGUUUCAGACAGGUCACGUGCGGUAAUGUACACAAGACUUUAGUAGUGUGGUAAACAGUAGAAUUAAUUUUCAUACUUACAGGCGUUAUUGCAGCAAUAUUAUGAAUGUCUUAGAGAAAGUAUUUCUGGAAAUAUUAUUCUGAAAAUGUCUGCCCAAGAUAUGGACAGUGCAGUCAAAAAUACAGGAGGAGGUGCAAACUUUCUUGACUUUAAGUUGAAGAGAAGACGCAUCAGUGAAAUUAUCAGUAGCGUUAGCCGAGACUGUCAAAUCGAGUCCGAUGUGCAAAGUAACACAAGUUGUGAAAGCGGCUAUGCCAGUCAGGCCGAUAGUUCACCCAGCGGAAAUGAGAAGAGUACGUCGCCAAAAACUAACGGAUGGGAAGACUGUAGCGAAAAUGAUGUAGUAACAAGUGAAAAUGAACGGAAUGAGUUGAAAGAGGAGUCCGUCGAUUCAUUUCAGGCGCGUUAUAGUUCAGGAUUAUUUGUGCCACCUCCAUUUGCUAAUAACAAUAGCGAGAAUAUGCACAUUGGGGUUGCAUAUGUAAGCUUCCCUUCGGAGUCAUAUGACGAGUCUGAUAAGCAAGAUCGGGAAAUGAAAAUGGGUCUUAUUCCUGUGAUGCCAUCAAUGCCUGGGUUUCUUCCGCUUGGAGUGAAUGGGCUUUCCGGAUUAUCCUUACCAAAAGAUUUACCAAAAGGUCUUAAGCCAAUCUUUGUAACAGCUAUGCCGAGUGGUUUCAUUAUGACAUCAUCUGGUCCGGUAGCUCUUCAUACAAACACAAGUAAUCAGGUAAAUGAGCCGCGGGAAACUGUGCGUAAACAUAGACUUAGUUGUACAGACUCUGAAAAGAGCAGUGUAACAAGUUCGAAAAAAAUUGUGACAAAAGAGACUGAGUCUGAAUUCAUAGAACAUUACACAAAUGGAACAUUUGAAUAUUUAGGGCAUCUUGGCAGUUUAAGACGUGAAAAUCAAAAUGAAAGUGAACGGAACUCUCAAUCUUCCACCACAGAAGUGCAAAGUAUUCAGAAAGAAGAGUUGAUAAGAAGAACGCCAACACCAACGUACGAUAACAAAUACCCAAUGGUCUGUGGUAUAUGUAAUGAUAAGGCAACAGGGCUUCAUUAUGGAAUAAUAACAUGUGAAGGAUGUAAAGGGUUUUUCAAAAGGACGGUACAGAAUCGCCGCGUGUAUACAUGUGUAGGUGGGUCGGGAGAAUGCGAGAUCAAUAAAGCACAAAGAAACAAAUGUCAGUUUUGUCGCUUCAAAAAGUGUUUACAAGCAGGGAUGGUUCUUGCAGCUGUUCGGGAAGAUAGAAUGCCAGGGGGACGUAAUUCAGGGGAAGUUUAUAACCUGUACAAGGUGAAGUAUAAGAAGCAUAAACGUAGAGAUGAGGCCAGGAUUUGUAAGGAGCGUGUUGCUAGAAUUGUUACCAAUCAAGAGAACCAGCAAGUACGAAUAAGUCCAGUGAAGCCGGGUCACAACAAUCGCAGUAUUUUACACGUACCAUAUUUUAACAUGCCUGAACCCGGAUACAAGCAGUAUGAUUCAAGACGGCCAGGUUCAUCGAGUUAUUCUCAAACGAGUUCCAGUUGCGGAAGUCAAAAUGACCUUUAUUAUUCAACUAACUCCUAUAGUCAUUAUCCACAGGGUGCACAUUGCGGUCAUAAUCCUAUUCAAGGUCAAGGUCAUCCAUCAACAUUAAGUGCGUCACAUGACCAACAAAAUAUCGGAAAGGACAGGUUGGGUUACGUUUCGAUGACAUCAAAUUCUGACUAUAUGUCGCCACAUAAUUACAAUGAGCAGUUGGCACCGGGAGAUGUCACAAGAAACGGUGUCAAUUAUCCACUGAAUCACGAAUCUCGUAAACGGGACCAUUCAUUCUUAGAAAAUAUCGAAGAGUUUUCAUAUGGAUUCAGUCAUGAUUCAUGCAGUAAUUCCGUUGAAGUGCCAGAAAAAAAACUAAGAUGUAGUGAAAAUGAUAAUCAAAGGUACCAUUUAUCUGAGCGGGAAUUCAUGGAAAGUAGGACAGAAUAUCCAAAUUUUAAAAACCCAUCGCAGUAUCAAAAUAUUAAUUCUCAUAAAAAGUUUGCGGAGACUCUUGGUAUGUGUGAUGAAUCAGUUGAAGAAAGGACAUCAUGGCAUCAUAAUGCUGAUGUCAAAAAACAUUUUCAAACCCCCACAUCCAAAGAUUCCCAUGCCAUUUUACGAAGUACGCUUUUACAAAAAGACGACCUUUUUCCAAUGCGUAUGUGUCCAAAACCUUCAUAUUCAGGGUCAGUAAGUUCUAGAUCUGAAGACAGUCAUGUGACGUCAGUGUCACACAACAAUUUACCAAAAACUGUGUCGAACUGUGAGGUCAGACAUUUAGAGCAAAGAUCGUAUUUCUUGAUCGAAAGUUUGUUAGAAUGUGACCGUCUGCUUGACAUCACUGAUCUGUAUCAGACAGAGGAUUUGCUAUCUAAUUCCAAAGACGUAACCAAGCUUUUGUGUGACCUCGGUGACAAGAUUGUUGGAAAGUUAAUAAAAUGGACAAAACAUCUGACUUUCUUUAAAGAGAUUCCGAUAGAAGCCCACUCCCAGCUGUUGUCAUGUAAAUGGCAUGAACUUCUUCUACUUAUAACAACAGCUUACAAGGCCAUACAAGGACAGGGAAACAAUGGGAUGUCAGAAGAAGAUCUCUACGCACUCAAUACAAAACAUUUACAGGGAUAUCUAGAGUGCCUCUUUCAGAAAGAGUUUACGACAGAGCAGUUGGAGUCAGAGCUCGGGGAAAUGAUGAGAAUAAUCACAAGUCUGAUGCACGGGUUCAUGAGGUUAGGUCUCACAAAACACGAGUAUGUGUGUCUUCAGGUGAUUCUACUACUGAAUCAAAAUGAUCUGGCACAAAAUGCUAUAGUGAACAAAGUUCAGGAUCGCUACAGUGCUGUUCUCAAAGAGUAUGUGACGUGUCAUUUUCCGGAUCAACCGAACCGGUUUGCCGAGCUAUUGCUAUGGUUACCACAGAUUCAGACAGCUUCGGCUUUGCUUAUCAGGAGUAAAAUGAUUUACAUACCUUUCUUUUUGAAUCAUUGAUGACAGUAAAAAGAAUCGUUGAUGAAUAUUUUGGGACUGAUGAAUCAUUGAUGACUUUUGAGUCAUUUAGGAGUGAUGAUGUUAGAAGAGACAUUGACAUUUUAAACAACAUUCACUUCCGAAGUUUGACUAUUUUGUUCUUAAAAAAGAACUAUUGUAAAGCAAGUUUUCUGGACAUUUUUUCAGUGAUCAAGAAGUCUUCUGUAGAAAAUUACAGGAGAAUGUGUACAGAUUUAUAAUUUUGUUGAAUUAGUAGAGAGUUGAAAUACAUUAUAAAUUAUAAAUGAUCACAUCAUGUACUUAAAAGUUUAAAAGUAUUUUUUAUUGUUUGACAUGAAAAUAA